CUGCUGCGCGCGCUGUGCGCGCUGUGCGCAUGCGCGACCGGAAGUCGCUGACGCCGGCGUCAACGGAUAAGCUCAGCGCGCAGUGGAGAUCUAAGUUGUGAGGAGGCUUUGGGCCACUCUGAGCAGGAGUUCAACCAUGACGGAUAAGGUGGUGACGUAUGAGGAGCUGGUGUCUCUACUGGCUGCGGGCUCCAUCCGGCUCUUUGACGUGCGGAGUCCAGAGGAGGUGGCAAAGGGGAAAAUCUCCACAUCGGCCAUCAACAUUCCUGUGUCCGAGUUGGAGUCUGCCCUCUCUCUCCCCGUCGCCGACUUCUCCCUGAAGUACGGCGUUCCGAAACCGGAGCCUUCCGACAGCGACGUCGUCUUUCACUGUGGAGUCGGAGUCCGCUCGCAGCGAGCACUCGACACGGCCACCAGACUCGGAUACACCCGAGUCCGUCACUUCCCUGGCGGUUACAACGAGUGGAAGUCCAAGCAGAGCAAGUGAUGUCAUCAACAUCAUCAUCGUCAUCAUCCACAUCAACAUCAUCAUCAUCCACCACCAGACCACCUCAUCAUCAUCAUCAACAUCAUCCACAUCAUCAUCAUCCACAUCAUCAUCAUCAUCCACCACCUCCUCAGCUACCUCCUCACCGCAUCCACACGCUGCCAUUGUGAACGGAGCGAGAAGCACAGCCAAAGUGAAAUAGCCACUCACUCAUUCACUCAUUCACUCACCUACUCACUCAUUCACUCACUCAGCCACUCAUUCACUCACUCAGCUACUCACUCACCUACUCACUCACUCACUCACCUACUCACUCACUC